AUGGUGCGCUACAAGUUUGAUGUUGGUGUUGAUGACACUCGCAAGGAAGCUUUCCGUGCAGCAGCAGCAGACUGGCGCACGCACACCUGCAUCGCAGUGGUGGAGGAUGAUAACGCAGAAUAUCCUUACAUCCUGGUGGGCAUCUAUGCUGAAGGAAGCUGUUGGGCCUACUUGGGACGACCUUCGACUUUCCACAAGAUCAACCUGGGAUGGUGCAAAACCAUGAGCCACAAAGGAUCAAUGGUCCAUGAACUUGGCCAUGGUUUGGGCGUCAACCAUGAGCAAAAGCGUGCUGAUGGGUCGCAACAAUAUCAUGGCAAGGGACCACACCUUGAGAUGUUUUGGCAGAACACUGAGUCAUGGGGAAGUCAGUACACCCCUGCCGUCAAUACCUACAUCGGUUCUGCAGAUGAUGGUGGAGACGACCCUCAAAUUGGCUAUGCUCCGUAUGACUUUGAUACUCGCUGGUACUUCAACACCAUUCCAUCGUCUGCCCAGAGCCUCGUCGGGCAACGCAAUGCCUUGUCUGCAGGGGACAUCAAGCAAGCCUUGGUCACCCUUAGCACAUCGGCAUGGGUCAGCAUUGCUUUCACGACGCCUUUCGCAGCAGUUCCAGUGGUGGUUGUGACUCCAACCGAGACAGGAACCACGGAUCCAGCAUCCAUUCGCUUAAAGGACAUCACUACCACUGGUUUCUCAGCAAUUGUUGCCAAACCACCAAACAAAGCUGUGGGUAACAGCGCCAUGACAGUGACUUUCCUUGCAGCUGCGCCGGGCGUGCGCCAACUCGGAGGACUUUGGAUGGAGGCUGGUACAAUUUCAACGCAAAAAUUGGCGUAUUCCACGAAGUGCUUAGGUUCAGGCCUCCCCGCGAUCUCGUGGGAGAAGGUCUCCUUUGCCCAUGAGUUUCCAGCCCCACCGGCUUUCCUCAGCAGCAUUCAGACCGUAAACAAUGAAAAUGGUCUGCCAUCGAACUCACAACCAUGGCUCACCGUUAGUUUGAACAGCGUGAAAGUGAAUGAAGCAUGGGUUGCUUUGGACAGGGCAGAAACAACCAGAUAUGGACAGGUGAACCAAGACGAAGUGGUGGGCUACAUUGCUAUCCAAGGCGGCUCCGCAACCUUGCAAUCAACUACAGGUGCUCAGGUGAAGAUGGCAGCUGUGGUGUCAAAAAAAAACAUUCGCGGUUGGCAGAAUGGCGCAUACACUGUGUCACUUGGCGCCGACCUGUCCGUUGCUAACCCAUUGGCGGUGGCAAGCCAGAGCACACGCUAUAGCAGUGACGGUGGCUGGGCGCGCCUUCGAGGAGGUUCUUCGUCCUCCGUCAAAGUUGCAAUCGACGAGGAUACCACCUGUGACAAAGACAGACGGCAUAGCCGGGAAAUCGUGAGCGUUUGUGCCUUCUCCGGCCCUUGUGUUCUUUGA